AUGGCGGACGAAGAUGAACAAAACUCUUCGACGUCCCUGUUGGCCCCGAUUCAUGCAGGGACAGGCAGUGUGAGCUCCCAUCCCUCUAGAGACUCGAGGGAGCCUGGCGACCCGACAACUGCCACCUCUAUACUAUCCUGGUCGGCAAACGAGCUGACGGAUUACCUGAUGUAUACCUGCGGUAACUGGGCCUCCGACCACCCUCGACCUGACGCAUACCAGUCCUACGACUGGUUCCAGGACAAGCAGCUCAAGGUAUACUUCCUGGUGAGGGAUUUCCUCAACAGAAACACCAGCCACCAGCCCAAAGCUGUACAGCAAGCUAAGGAUAUGUACAAGGGAUGUAUGGAUACAGAGACAUUGGACCAUCGUGGAUUGAAACCAGUGAUAGCUACACUGGAAACGCUUGGUCUACCUCCUUACCCAACUUAUAUCAAAGCCACAGACGUUGACUACUCUGCUUACACCUUCGACUGGUUGGACACUGUCAUCAAAGUGAAGACUCAGAUCGGCAUGGACGUGCUGAUAGGUUUUGACAUCUUCACCGACCUCAAGAAUUCCACUGUCUCCAAGCUGAUGAUGGGAUCACCUGAAGUUACUAAUCCUUUUCCAAGCACUUACAGAGAAAGACAACGCCACGGUAGAAGAACACUAAAGAAUUUUAUUGACUUCUUAGAAUUGACGACAACUCGAGACAUUAUACAUAAGAUAGAACGUCAAAGUGACAAAUCUGAAGAUUUAGAUGAGAAAAUAGCUCCAAUAGAUAAAUUAUUCUAUGCAGAGCUCAUGAAAGUGUUCGUAGAAGGGUGUAAAACUAAAGAUUCUAAACUGACAGAAGAACUAAAUGAGAAUGUAAUUGCAGCAGCCAAUGAGUACGUUGAGACUAACAGUGAUAUUUCUGAGUUAGAAUUAAGUAAUUCCUCAGAAAUUGAUGAUAACGAUGAUCUGACUAUACCAGAAUACACUGUUGAUGAAAUACAAGCAUACACUGAUGCAGUCGUUGAAAACAAUAAUGGUACUGCAACACCGAUAUGGAAGAAGUAUUUGAAAGGAGUAUUCAAUGUCAGCAAUAUAGUGCUGGACUUUGAAAAGGACAAGAUUCUUGUGACCGAUGAAGAUUUGGAGUACAUGUCGCUGAUGGCCGCUUAUGUGGAUAAAACUCCACCUGUUAUUUUAGAGCUUUAUAUCUGGGUAAAGGUGGUAGAAGUUAUGUCAGUUCACACGACCACAGAGCUGCGCACUUUGUUCCAAACAGCGUACGACCAGACUCACGGUCACAAGUCUGUAACACCACGCAGCGUGCAGUGCGCCAACGCUGUCAACGACAUGCUAGGCAUGGCUGUGUCCUAUGGUAUUGCAGAUCCACAUUUCGUCAAUGUUACAAAACCGAAGAUUAUAACAAUGAUCGAUGAACUAAAGGAUUCACUAGCUCGCCUUAUCAAGCAAGCAAAAUGGAUGGAUGACAAUACAAAGAUAGCAACUUAUCAGAAAAUCAUUGAAAUGAAAUCUCUCGUAGGAUUCCCAGAUUGGCUUUUAGAAGAAGGAAAACUAGAUGAAUAUUAUGGAGGAAUAGACAUUGACGCUAAGACACAUUUAGAAAACAUAAUCAAUAUAAAUCAAGUGAAGACGAGAAAAGUUCUGAAUAAGUUCAGGGAACCAAACAAUAUUACUUGGGCCACUGAUCCUACGGAAGUUAAUGCGUAUCAUACGGUUCGAGAGAAUACAAUAACUGUCCCUAUGGUGAUGUUACAAUAUCCUUUCUUUAAUUUAGGACUCGACUCACUUAACUACGGAUCCCUGGGAACGGUUCUUGGGCAUGAAAUAACCCAUGGCUUCGAUAGCGUUGGCCGUCAUUUCGAUAAAAACGGCAAUAUGUUACCCUGGUGGUCCAACAGCACCAUCGUUUCCUUCAUUAACAUGACACGCUGCUUCAUCGACCAGUACUCCAAGUAUUAUCUGCCAGACUUAGACAAACAUGUGGACGGUAAACAGACACUGGCAGAAAAUAUAGCUGAUAACGGAGGACUGAGAGAAGCCUUGGCAGCUCUAAAGCAUCAUCUCAGAAAACGAGGACCGGAGCCGAAGCUACCAGGUUUCGAACAUAUGACACCUGAACAGCUAUUCUUCUUGUCUUAUGGUAAUCUAUGGUGUGGAGUUUCAACGAAAGAUGCUUUAAAGUCUGACCUGGAGGUCGCACAUACUCCUUAUCUGUUCAGAGCUCAGGGUGCUCUACAGAACAAUGAGGAGUUUGCCAGAGCUUUUCAUUGCCGACCAGGAUCCAAUAUGAACCCGGGAAAACGAUGCAUCAUAUUUUGA